AUGGUGCACACUAGUAAUGAUGGUAAUAAUGCUACGACUUACGCCCAUGAGUCUACAAGUCCUCUUUUCAUCCAUUCUUCUGAUAUUCCUGGUACAUGCCUUGUUGGUACUUCAUUUUCUGGGUCGGGUUAUGGGGGUUGGAAGAGAGGUAUAACGGUGUCUCUCUCUGCUAAAAAUAAGAUUGGACUUGUGGACGGGUCAUGUCCUAAACCAUCUUCUGAUGAUAAUCCGGCUAAGAUUCGUCAAUGGGAUAGAGUUAACAAUAUGGUAAUAUCAUGGUUGACAAGUUCUAUCUCACCAACCAUUGCUGAGAGUGUCCAGUACUCAGAGACUACUGAGAGUAUAUGGAAACAAUUGGAGCGUCGAUAUGGAACUGUAAAUAGAACUAAAAUCUUUGAAAUAAAAAAGGAAUUGGCUUCCAUACAGCAGGGUUCUCUUGAAAUUGCUUCCUAUUUUAACAAACUUAAAAAGUCUUGGGAUGAACUGGGGGUAAUGCGUAAGAGUCAUGGAAAGGAAUGCACUUGUGCUGCCAAAUCUGGGAUUGAAAAAGAUGAUGAGGAGGAUAAACUUUACCAAUUUCUCAUGGGUUUGAAUGACGUAUACGUGGGUGUUAGAAGUAAUCUGCUUAUGAUGCAUCCUCUCCCUUCUCUUGAUGAUGCUUAUAAUAUUCUUCUCUAA